GCUCGUCGUCCCUUCUCCUCCUCUCUUCAACUUGCUUAUAUUCCCGCCCAGUUGAUCUGCAGGCGGACCAGGCUCGGUUGACCCGACUACUUAGUGCUAUAUCGCUCGCGUUCCCUCUGCAAGACCUCUUUGCGACCCGCGCAGCUUGUAUCGCACGACUUUCAUUCCUCCUUUGGCCGUAGAUUUGGUGUCUGGUGCACAUUCUGCGUCGCCUGCCCUAUAUACAUACCCUUCACUCGCCCAUCCCACACGCUACACGCUACACGCACCCAUCCACGACACACCUCUCGGCCAGCAAGCACCAUGGUCCGCCGCUCGCCACCUACCCCCCUCCGCUUGCACAACGGCCCGCUGCCCGCGCGCGGCCAGCCGCGGCACACACUCCCCUCGCUCCCGUGCCCCGCCUUCUGCGGGCCCGUCCCCACCUCAUCCACCACCGCCCCUGGGCCCGUCCCGCGCGCGCGCAUGGUGCACACCGAGCUGCCGCAGCUGUACAUCCCGGACCUCGCGCUGCCCGGCUUACCUGGGGUGUUCUCCGCCGCGCUGGACACGGGGAGCAUGCCGGGCUCGCCGACGUCCGCAGGGUCGUCGGUGUCGAGCUUGAGCGGGGGCGGGGCGAGGAAGAGGAGCAGGGAGUUUGUGAGGGGCCCGUGGGACCACUCGGGCGCGAUUCGGGUGCCGUUUGAUGUUAGCACGGUGUUGGCGCCGCUGAGGCCGGCGGCCAUUAACGUGCGGUGAAUUUGGAGGGGUGGAUUGGGUUGGAGGUUGGGGUAAGGGAGUUUUGGAGGUUGCGUUGGAGAAGAUUUGCUUUACUAUGCAUGUCAGCGAGCAAUGAAAUUACCGCGUUCCUU